UCUCACGCAUUCCUUUUGCGUCUUGUUACAGAGCAAACAAGCAUAAUCCCAUCAGAUCUGUUUCGCGAUUAAGAUACUAGAUAUCCAUCUUCGCAACAUUCCAGAAUGACCGAUACGUACAGCAGCUCGUCCUACUUCUACAGCUCCGCAACGAAUACCAGCGACGGCUCCUCAACAACCGGUCACCGAUAUACAACGUCCUCCCACACCGAUCCCAACGGAAAUACCAUCGUGCGCACAGCACAUCAGGACCUCGGCGCGCCGGCCGUUAUCGAAGAGCGCCGUUACGAUCGGACAGGGCAGCAGUUACUGCUAGACACUGGCACCGGCGUGGCUGCCGGAACGAGACGAAUCGAAGAUCUAGGAUCUUACGACGCAACAGGAGCGACAAUGUCUGACCCAGGCACGACUUACGGUACUGAGAACGUUGGAACAGCGGCAGAUGCGACGGCGGGAACUGCAUACGGCAGCGAUACUGUCGGUCCCAGCACCAACGAAUACGAUCAGCAUCUCGACUAUGACACCGACGGACAUAGGAGACAUCAUAGAGAAAAGCAGGAUUCAGAAGGCCGCUGGUAUCAUCGAGAUGUUGACCGGGAAAAGUCAGAUCCCUCGAGCGGACAUGUACAUCGGGAAUAUUCGAAUCCGAAUACGGGGAGGUCUUCUCAUACCGAUUACGAGUUCUGAGUUUGAUUGAGAACCGGCAUGGACUGCGGCCACUCGUUUGGCACGCUCUACACUCUUUGGGUAUAUUAUAAGAGUUUACGAAUUAUGAAGCCUUGAGCGUUGGUUUUGUCUUACGGAAGAAAAAAAAGAAAAAGAAAAAGAAAAAGACACGAAUGACUAGGCAUAGAUUCUCGGCAUUCCUUUGGUAUACGAAGUUACGACUCAUAUGAAGCGUUAAGCGUCGCUUUUUCGCUUUUUGUUUUCAAUACCAUGAAAAAACACAAAAACAACUUGCA